AUGAGCGAUCGAUCAAUUCGCGUCGUGGUGGCCGCCUUAGAAUCCACAGGUGGCAUUGGCUUUCUCGGAAAGAUCCCAUGGCAUCUACCUUCCGACUUAAAAUUCUUUCGUACACUAACUACAGCAUCUUUGGAUUCUUCAAUACAACAUGCGGUUAUCAUGGGACGCAAGACGUGGGAAUCGUUGCCGGAUAAAGUUCGACCCAUGCCCAAGCGUUAUAAUGUGAUAUUAACACGUGAUACGUCGUACCGUCAAAAGCAGCAAAUCCCUGAUACUGUAGGCAUCGCUGCGACGUUUCAAGAUGCGUUGAAACUCGUGCAGCAGCAAGGUGACAAAGUGGACCAAGUUUUUGUUGUUGGAGGAGAAGCUCUUUAUGCCGAAGCACUGAGCUAUUCAGGCUGCAGUAAGGUCUACUUUACAAGAGUCAAGGGUCAGAUGGAGUGUGACGCUUUUUUUCCACUGGAGCAACUCAAGCAGAAUUUUCAAGUGACGAAAGAGUCUGAGAUAAUGGAGGAGAAUGGUAUGCAGUUCCAAUUUGUUGAGUGGGUGAGAAAAUCUGAGAAUAUAGAAGAAGUCGAGAAAAUGUUAUCGGUGGAGAAUACGACGCCGCAUGAGGAAAUGCAGUAUUUGAACUUGAUCCAACAGAUCCUUUCGCAAGGAGCUAAGCGUGAAGACCGUACAGGCACGGGUACGCUGUCAAUAUUUGGAGCUCAAAUGAGGUUUAGCUUAAGAAAAAAUGUAUUUCCAUUGCUGACUACCAAAAGGGUAUUCUGGCGAGGUGUAGCGGAGGAGCUAUUGUGGUUUAUUAGUGGAGACACAAAUGCUCAAACGCUGCAGCAAAAGGAUAUUCACAUAUGGGAUGGCAAUGGAUCUCGUGAGUAUCUAGAUAGCCGAGGUCUCCAGACUCGAGAAGUAGGAGAUCUUGGACCGGUUUAUGGCUUUCAAUGGCGUCAUUUUGGAGCUAAAUAUACGAACAUGCAUGCGGAUUAUACUGGUCAAGGUGUUGAUCAGCUUGAAGAGGUUAUUCAAAAGCUACGUAAGAGUCCAACAGACCGUCGCAUUAUCCUGUCGGCGUGGAACCCUGCAGACCUCAACGAAAUGGCAUUACCACCUUGCCACAUGUUUUGCCAAUUUUAUGUAGCAAAUGGAGAGCUGUCAUGUCAGAUGUACCAACGCUCGGCCGACAUGGGGCUUGGCGUGCCAUUUAAUAUUGCCAGCUACGCGCUGCUGACGCGUCUUGUUGCUCAAGUGACUGGAUUAGAACCUGGUGAAUUUAUCCACGUCAUUGGCGAUGCGCAUAUCUAUCUAAAUCACGUCGAGCCACUACAAAAGCAAUUGACGCGUACGCCACGUCCAUUUCCAACGCUGCACAUUAAUCCUUUGAAGACGUCAAGCAUUGAUGACUUCAAGUUUGAAGAUUUUGACGUUCGCGAUUAUUGUCCACAUGGCGCAAUCAAAAUGGCAAUGUCAGUUUGA